UAAGAAUCCCUCACCUUCCAACAUAUAAAUACUUGACAACCUUGUCCAACAUAAGUAAUUUCACCACACAUUAACAUAUAAUGCUACAUUCUUCCAUAACCAUUUGUCAACACCAUAAUCUCACCACACUACUUCCGCCAUCGCCUUCACCAUCACCAUCACCAUCACAAUCAUCGGCUAGUAGGGCUCACGCGAUGCCGUUCCACACAGCAUUCUACUGGGGCAAAGCACACCAAAUUUUGUUCCCAGGUUGGCCCGGUUCGAGCACCCCUAUGUACGUGUUGGCUGUGUUGUUAGUUUUCUUCCUUGCCAUUUUGACGGAGUGCCUGGCUCAUGUCAAGCUCGUUAAAUCAGGUUCAAAUCGAGUAGCCGGUUGUUUUUUCACAGCCGGAAUGCGAGCCGUCCGAGCUGGGAUAGCUUAUAUGGUUAUUCUGGCUGUGAUGUCUUACAAUGCUGGCAUUUUCGUAGCAGCCAUUGUUGGACAUGCUAUUGGGUACACGAUUUUCGGUAGUGGGCUUUGGUUUAAAUUUGAUGGGCCUUCUUCAAUUGAACUUAUCAAAAUAUGAUACAUAUUCUUGGCUCUUUGGUUUUUGUUAUGUGUUUCGUGUUUUUGUGAAUUGUGAUUUUGUGGGCAUUUGUUGAUGAAGUUUGUUUGUUUGUUAUUUGUUCAUCAGUUUUUUUUUAUCUUUUAAUCACAAAACGAAAAAUGUUAAAAUUGUGAAUUUAUGAUGACUCUCUUUUUCCGUCGAAUAAUAGUGUUAAUUAAGUUAGAACCAUUGAACAAAAUAUAAAUAUAUGUAAUCUUUAUAUAGAUCCAUUUAACUCGAAGGCAAUAACCAAUAUCUCUUGGAGCUUAGAAAAUAUUUCAUUUGCAAUUUCAUAAAAAUAAUAGGCACACAUUUUAAAUUACUAUUUUUACCAAAUCUAUUAUAUUCUUAAACAUAAAAAUGUAAACUAGUUUUGGCUUCAUGAUGUUUAAACCAAAAAAAUUAAAUUGAAUGUUGAUAAUCUUUCGAGCAUAUUCGUUAUGUGAGGUAAAUCUACAGAAAAAUUCUCAAAUAAGAUGAUCUCAUGAUGAAGACAUUUUUAUUGGGAUGUGUUAAUUGUAGUAUUUUACACUUGUUGCGUCUUCUUUGCGAUUUAUCGAGAGCUUUGUUUGGCAUUAAGGUUCAAGGUGAUUGAGAUUCGCCAUAUUGAUUUUAUUUGCCAUUAUUUGCCUUUUCGUGCCUUAAUGAUGAUAUUCGAGGAUAUUUAAGCAAGUUUCAAGCCAUCCUGGUGCUCAACCAUGCCUACCGAGCUUCAUUGAUACAUAAUUUUAUAUUUGGACACCAUUCUCUUGCUCGUGAAGUGUCUCAUUGAGGUUGAAGGAAGUUCGAAGGUCAUUUAAUCGAGUUUGCAAGGUAUUUGGAUGUCCUGUGCAUGAUUUUGGGCUAGAUCUCAAUAGCCUGGGUCGAAUUUAUGGAGUUCAAAAGCCUCUGGAAUGAUUUAUAUGUAAUUUUGGUCGAGAACCUACUGGCUUCGGUCGAGUCUAAGCUGUCUCAGGCGAAAUUCAACUCAGUUCGGUCGAAUCAUAUGCUUGAAGAAGAUUCUGUUGCUGUUGGACGAGACAUCGGGCGAAACUUAUCUUGGAUUUGACCGAAACUAAGAUAGCUGCUCUAACCUUUUCUUUUGUGCGUGCCUUCGAAUCCCAUGACUUAUAUAUAAUGCAUUUCAGUUCCUUACAAGGGCAAAAAGUUAGGCAGGAUUUUAAUUUUCAUUUAGAUAGGUUAUUAAUUUAGUGGGGUAGUUUUUAAUUUAUUUAAGAAGUUAUAAGAUUUUAUAAGUUAAGCAUUUUAGUUAGGCAUGGAUAAUUUUUUUUUUUCAACUUUUAAAACCGUAGGAUUUUAU